GCAUUUACACUGAUUGGAAAACCACUCCCCCAUUCUUCUUCAGUUCCCACAAAUUUAAUGCUUUUGAAUUUCAAUCCGGAGUAUCGUCAAGAACAACAAUGUCAGAUCCAGCAAUUCCGCCGCCCUCAUCUCCCACCAUUUCUUCAGUUUCUUCUUCCGAUCUCGAUACUGAGUCUACCGGUUCGUUUUUCCAUGAUCGGAGUAUUACCUUGGGGUCGUUGAUGGGAGUCACGUUCCCGGCGCUGACAUUCAGAGCUCCUUCGCAGUCUCGUCACCGGCAGGGCUCCGCCGAGGCAUCUAGAGAUGACGACGGCGCCAGGAGGAGGAGGGGGAAGAAGACGCCGAAAAGGAUGACCGGAGUGGCGGCCGGGGAGGAGGAGAUGCAUCGGCGCUGGAGGUGGUGGAGGUUUUGCAGGGAGGGGGACGGCGAUUACAAGCCUGCUUCGCUGGGGGAGUUCCUCGAGGCGGAGCGGAGGUUUGGAGAUGUGGCGUUUUACGGCGUCGUGGAGGCGGCGCAACCGAGGAACGGGCGAGGUUUGUUCGCGGACGGGAGAGUUCUGCCGCCUGCGGCGGCGGACGGGGAGUCUGGGGCGGCGGAGAGGUGGAGCUGCGGCGCGUGUAAGUUCUCAGUGGUGUCGCUGUCAGGGAUUUGCGCUGGUGCUGGAGCGGGUUGCGUCAGAUAAUUAAUUGGCCUUUUUUUUUCUCCCCACUUUUUCUUCUCGUGUUUAAUGAUUCAUUCACACCUGUACUUCGAUGAAUUGAUCCAAGAGGUCUGAGUAUUUAUUGGUGUAUAUUAUUGGCAAAUUUAUUAAUAUGGAUAUUUGUGAAUUUAUUAAAAAAUGAUAUUCCGUUGU